AAAGCGGCAGCUGCGCGCGGCGGCGAGAUGUCCGGGGCUGGCGCUGCGGCUGAGAAGGCACCCUCCAGGCAGCGUGCCCAGGUGAAUGAAUAUAAAGAAAAUAGAAACAGCGCUUAUAUAUCCCUGACACCAAUAGAGUCCGCGAUUUUAGGAAAAACACCAAAGGUUUAUCUGACCCCUUACUCCUUGAAUAAUUACCAGCUAGGCCAAUUUAAGUGCCCCAAAUCCCUGUUAGAAAAGAAUUCUAAAAAUGAAGUUGCGUGUAAGAAGACUGAAAUAAAGGAAACUUGCAAAGUGGUUUUAACUCCAUCAAAGAUUAAAGCCGUAUCCUCCAAGACAGAGUCCGCUGUGCAAAAAACAUCCUUCAGUAUUCGUAUGGAGACGGACAAGCUGCCAUCUAAAACUCCUUCAGCUGUGGGGACUCCCAGUGAUGAUGUGGAAAGCAGUCAGGAUGGAGAAAGUGAUGAGGAAGACACAGCAGGCCUGGAUGAUUUUUCAGGAUUGUCAUCAUAUGAAAGAAAGAGACUGAAGAACAUAUCAGAAAAUGCAAACUUUUUUGCUUCUCUUCACUUAUCUGAGUCAGCUGCAAGGCUCCGUGAAAUGAUAAAGACAAGAAAACCACCUGAAUUUAAGAGGAAGAAACCGAAGAAGAAAGAAAAUGAAAUUGGAUGUAGAAGGUCCAUGCGAUUGUUGAAAGUAGAUCCUUCAGGAAUUCCGCUACCAGCAGCUCCAGAACAGCCACCAGUAGAAGAAGAUGAAAAUCCUUUGUUACCGCCUGGGCCUUUAGAAAUGACUCCUGAAAAUCGAGAGGACAGCAAUGGACUAUUCAAAGAAUUUCUGCUGACAUGGGCAGAAAUGGACAAGUCCAGUAGUAAGAACAACGAGAAGACAUUAUCUGGCAUUAAAAGCUAUAAAGCCUACUUAAACGGCAUGGCCAUUAAUGAAGAUACUGUUUGUAAAGUUACCCAAGGCGCAGUGUGCUCCAUGGCUUUUCACCCAUCAGAAACUAGAAUUUUGGUGGCGGCUGGGGCCAAAUCUGGGCAAGUUGGACUUUGGGAUUUGUCUCGGUGCCCUAAAGAAGAUGGGGUUUAUCUUUUUCAUCCCCAUAGCCAGCCAGUUAGCUGUCUGUACUUCUCACCUGCUAACCCAGCCCACCUCCUGUCACUGAGCUACGAUGGCACAUUACGCUGUGGUGAUUUUUCCAGAGCUGUUUUUGAAGAGGUGUAUAGAAAUGAGAGCAGCGGCUUUUCCUCCUUUGACUUCUUGGCAGAAGAUGGCUGCACUUUACUAGUUGGGCACUGGGAUGGAAGCGUGUCCCUGGUGGACAGGCGGACACCUGGAACUUCUUAUGAGAAGCUCAUCAAUUCUUCUUCAAGAAAAAUAAGAACUGUUCAUGUCCACCCAGUACAAAGGCAGUAUUUCAUCACUGCAGGCUUGAGCGAUGUUCAUAUUUACGAUGCAAGGAACCUGAAGCCCAAAAGUCGGCCUUUGGUGGCUGUGAUGGAGCAUCCCAAGAGCAUUGCUUCUGCCUACUUCUCACCUCUCACUGGUAGCAGGGUGGUGACCACGUGCGCUGACUGUAAGCUGAGGGUCUUUGACAGCAGCUCUGUGUGCUCCCGGAUGCCGCUGCUCAGCACCGUCAGGCACAACACUAUCACUGGGCGAUGGCUGACAAGGUUCCAGGCCGUGUGGGAUCCUAAACAAGAAGAUUGCUUCAUAGUUGGCAGCAUGGCCCAUCCACGACGGGUAGAAGUCUUUCACGAGACAGGAAAGAGUGUCCAUUCUUUUUUUGGUGGGGAGUGCCUUGCCUCUGUGUGCUCCAUCAACGCCAUGCACCCGACGCGGUAUAUUUUGGCUGGAGGGAAUUCCAGUGGGAAGGUACAUGUUUUCAUGGACUAAGCAAGUUGCUGAGGUUUCUGGUUUAGGAAGACUAAUUGGUUCACACUGGAACUAAGGGACCCAGUGGCUCAUGUUACUUAAUGUUUAUACUUGGCAAGAGGAUGUAUUUAGGAAAUUGCUAUAUUCGUAAGACUUGUUAACAAGGGAACAUCAUAGGAGCUUUUCUACCGGACAAUGAGGGCGUAUGUGAAAUUCAUGACCCGAAUGGAGUAGUUUUGGUACUGGAAGUCCUGCUGCUCAUUCGGGAUGAAAUUAUAAGCCUUUACAUCGUCAUCAUUAGAAGUUUCUGUGAUUGAUGAUAUAGCUGUCAUUCUAUAGUGAUAUGAACUCGUGAUUUAUUUUAUAAUUCAGAACAUUUAUUUCUAGAUUCAUAGUCCUGAACGGUAUAAUUGAGUGACUUUGAAACAUUUUUUUUUUUUUAAAUCCAUGAGACCUAUGUGCUGGCACCUCAAACUGAACUUUUCCACUAAUUAAUUCCCAGGAACUCUGGCUUGCCAGGGCAGGCUGCAUCCAUGCAUGCAGAGCCGCUCUGAGGCCAGGCAGGCAGUCCCUACCCUGGCACAGACUGUCUGCCACAAUCCCUUUGUGCCAGUGUAAGAGGGUCCCCGACUGGUGUUGUAACUCUCAUGGUCAUGGCUAGUGUUUAAAAAGCUAAAACAAAAAAAAAAAUAGUAAGGAACAAAAAGCAUACAUAUUUUGGAAAACUUAAUUACAUAUGUAUAUUUGUAAGCAUAUAAGUUUAUGUAUAUUCUGGUAUAAAAUAUAUUUUCUUUAAAAGAUUUAUUUACUCAUUUGAAAGGCAAAGUUAUAGAGAAGGAGAGAUAAACCCUGAAGUCUUCCAUUUGCUGGUUCACUUCCCAAAUGGUUCAAUGGCCAGAGCUAAGCCAUUCUGAAACCAGGGACCAGGAGCUUCUUCCAGACCUCCCACGUGAGUGUAGGGUCUGUGACCUCGGCCCGUUCUCAGCUUUCUGAGGUGCACUAUCGGGAAGUCAGAAUGGAAGUGGAAUAGUUAGAACUUGAAACAGCACCUAUAUGGGAUGCUUGUGCCAGACAUCGAUUUUACCCACAGGUUUGGCUCCAAAAUACAUAUUUUUAAAUUGCUGCGGUACAGUGAGUCAUAGAGAAGUGAAACCUCCUGCCUUCCAGUGUCUGUCCUAGACAACCUAUCUUGAAAAUCUGCAGAGCAAAUUCAGUAGCCUGUUAAGUUUAGACCUUCAUUCCUGCUCGUAUUUGAGGGAAGUGUUACAUCACUUUUGGCAUUUCUUUUUAAAAAUGUUUUCUUUUUAAAAACUGUGGUAAGUUCAGUUGUCUGUUUGGGGGAGGGCACCUGCUAUUAAUUUAACUUCUAUCCAGCGUUUUUUAUUGUUUAUUGCAAACUACUACUGAAAUACUUGUAGGUAGCUUCAGCUAUUCCGAGAACGAAUGUUCUCAUAAUUCUGUAUGACAGAAAUAAAGUGAUAUGUAAUUUCCUUGAAGAGUACUGUUUUCCUAAAUAAUUAAUCUUGAAGCGUUUGACGUCUGGUUUAAGAAUUGGUUGUGUGGGUGUCUGUAAGGAAGACGAUGGGUGCUACAGUAGAGAAAUUGGUAAGUGAGAGGCAACAUUAACUGAUGAUGUGACCAAGGAAAGUAAAGAUAAAUGAGGCUGAGUUACAUGUCAGCUGUUGGGGAAAUGGUGAAGGCGGUUUUAGGCCCCCGUCACACCGCAGUUCAUGUCAUGGGUUCGAGAGUGCCUGGUUGCAGGUGCACUUUUGUUUUUAAAUAAAGUUGAAAGCUACUCUGAAUUAGUUUCAUUGUUUAAGCUAUGAAUACUUGGUGAUAACUCCUUGGCCUCUGCAAUAAAUGUUAACGGCUUCUUGA